CAUCCGCAUCGCAUCUUGGAUGGGAAUAAAAAAAGAAGCUGAACUUUGUCCUGCAUCCAAUUUGGUCCAAAUCCGUAAAGUACCGUACCAUCGUCUUGCAGCUUUCUCCGCACAAGUCUUGGCCCCCGCACGCCAUUAAUCACACCACAACCAACCACACCACGACCUGAACCUACGUGACAUGGAACAAGCUGGGAAACCUUGACAAAGAAUAAGAGCUGUGCUACUGAACUGAACUGAGAGACGAACCUGAUAAAAUUCGACUCUCGUCCGGCCUCUGUCUUUCUUCAGAUCGAGACCCUUUUGACCACAUAGGACCCUUGACUCUUGCUGUUGGUCCCUUGUCCACUCGACACGAAAUAAUAAAAAAAUAUCCGAGCAACAAGAAAUAACAGCACCACCCGUCCUAGCUCGGAUGACAAAAUUUGAUUCAGGAGGAUUUGCCUUUGUUCGAAACAACCGCCUAUAACAAAAAUAGCGUCGAACUCGCCAUCGAAGCUUUUGUGCCGUCAUUUGGCCGCAUCCAAGCGCCGCCGGCUUUAUUCGUCCUUAUCGUCAUAUUACUUAGUCACCGAGUUCAAGAAAAAGAACAUAUCGACAACGGGUCGAGAUAAUUCUGGGGACAGACAACCAAGCCAUUUAUUUUCCCCUCAACCGUCAUCGGACGUCAACGCUAAAAGAGGGAGCUAGUGCAUAAUCAAGAGGGCAUCGCGCAAGAAAGAAAGAAAGAAAAAAAAAACCGCCGACGAUAAACUGCAAGUUUACGCAAGUGGCGGGCCCAGCAACGCAAGAUUACAUACGUGCUUUGUCUUUUAAUCCCAUAAUCUAUCUUGCUCAACCUUGCGGAGGGGUGAGAAAAGAUCCAGGCUUCUGCCAGGAAAUCAGGCAAUCUCUGGCACGCGAUUUGCCGGGAUCAACUUUUUGGACUCAAACCCAAAACUGAAUCCGGCAAUCUCCUUGCUAAAAUCGGCGGCCUUAUUUUUUUUGUUCUUGUUCCAUCAAAGCUAAUUGCAAGAGGAGGCUUAUGUCUGAGUCGAUCAAGUCUUUUUAAAAUCUGGCCCGUCGCCAAUCUCCGUCGGCAUAUUAAAGACCGGCCUGUCCUGCAACCACUCUCUCCAACAAAGAAGCAAUUAAACUAUAACUCAUCACCCGCCUACACCUUCAAAUCACCACACGAAUCACGCUCAUCAUCUCAAAGAAAACAAAUCACACUCACCAUUCGAUGGGUACGACAUCAGUCUUUUCACCGGCAGCACAGUUCGGUCAACGCAGGACACAAUCCGCAAAGACAUCACCAAACAGGACAAAAUCACACCUGUCUGCUGCUACACAACAACAACAACAACAACAACAACAAACUACCGUCACCACUACUACACCUACGCAACAACCACUCACCAUGCUCCCACUCGACGCCCGCCCGGCGCCCCCGACCCGCAUAAUGUCGGCCGCCGUGGCACAACAGCCACAACCGGGCAGCAACAAAACACCCCAAAACAUCACCGUGACCACCACCAACCUCUUCCAAGACGACGAGGAGGACGCCGACUGCUCCCCACACCCUCACAACCUCGACCUCAACCUGGCAAAAUACCGCCUGCUCGAAUCCCAGCACGAGGCCCUCCUUUCCCACCUGGACAGCCUGCAGCUGGCGCGCCGGCCCUCGUCGCAGGGGAGCACGGGGUCGUCGCCGCCAUCCUUUUCGUCGCGGCGGUCGUCAUCGGCGUCGUCGUACUACCGCCGACGCUACCACAGCAGCAGCGCGCGCUCGUCGACGGUGGGCGGCGCCACCUCGCCGGUCCACCACAUCAUGUCGGCGGGGCCGCUCGAGACGGUGCCCGACGGUGACGAGGUGUGCCUGUUUGGCGAAGACGAGCGCCGGCUGUUUGACGUCAACGAGGCCAUCAAGCGCAGCCUGACGGAGCUGCUCAACUGCGAGCAGGCCAGGGCCGACCCCGGCUUCCGCACGCAGAUCCAGAGCCGGUUGAUGGAGGCCGAGAGGGAGCUCAGGACGGGCAGGAGGAGAAGGAGUUGUGCAUCUUCGGUUGGGGAACAUUGAAAUCAAGUUUGUUUUUUUUUUUUUUUUUUUUUUUUGAUUGGAUGUGGAUGUCUUGUUGUCUAUUCGACAUUCCUAUUUUUUUGCAUACGGUUCAAGCAGUCCGUUUUUAAUAUGCUAUUCGUUGAUAUUUAUUACGACAAAGCUUGGAGUCUUCUUUUUUUGUUUCUUCUCUUCAUUGCACAAUUAUCAUUUACAUUGUUCCUUUUUUUUUUUAAUUUUCCCGGAGUGGAAUAUUCACACGUUUUUACUUGUUCCGGCGCUGCAAUUUGCCAAAUAUUCGCGAACCAAGAGAGAGAAGCAAGAAAAAAGCAGAGAUGGCAACAAGAGACUGUACAUCAGACUGUUCUGAGGGGGAAAAGGGUAACAGACACACUUUCCGUUCCCUUUUUGUCCGACUAAUGAAAAAAGAUGGAAGAUUGAGAUGCCGAGACGGCAACAGUGAGAAACUGCAAGGAGCAUGCCUGAACCGGGGUUGUCUUUUACGAGAGAUGGGAUGAAAAAUGGGGAGAUUUGAAAGUUGGACAGAAAAGUCACGAUACCAUGGAUGAAUACAAGUAAUGCAGCGUGUUUCAUGAUUCCAAAAGAACCCAAAACAAAACAACUCUGAUAAAACUUCCGUUUCUGUGCAG